GGGAGCCGACUUCCUUUCGGUGCGACUUCCGGCGGCGCUUUGAGCGUGCAAAGAUGGCUGCAGCCAAGAGGCAGCGUGGAGCUGGCAAGGGAGCCCCGGCAGAGCCGAGGAGGAAACGCGCCAAGAGAGCUCCGGGGGCAGAGGGCCAGGGCCAAGGCCCGUCCGCUGCGGCCACCCCGGCGCCGGAUGAGCACGUCGUCCCGGCCCCGGUCUCGCAGGGCAAAUGGAAAAACAAAGAGAGAGUUCUCAUUUUCUCUUCCAGAGGAAUCAAUUUUAGGACAAGGCAUCUCAUGAAAGACUUAAGAACAAUGAUGCCCCAUGCUAAAGCAGACACUAAAAUGGACAGGAAAGACAAGCUGUUUGUAAUUAAUGAGGUCUGCGAAAUGAAAAAUUGCAAUAAAUGCAUAUUUUUUGAAGCAAAGAAGAAGCAGGAUCUUUAUGUGUGGUUUUCCAAUGCCCCCCAUGGACCAUCAGCAAAGUUUCUAGUACAGAAUAUUCACACGCUGGCUGAGCUGAAAAUGACUGGGAAUUGUUUGAGAGGCUCCCGGCCCAUUCUGUCUUUUGAUAAGACUUUUGACCAGGAGCCACAUUAUGCUGUGCUGAAAGAGCUGUUCAUUCAGAUUUUUGGUACUCCUCUGUAUCAUCCCAAAAGCCAGCCCUUUGUAGAUCAUGUCUUCACAUUCUCCAUAACAGACAAGAGGAUUUGGUUUCGAAAUUACCAGAUAAUAGAAGAUGGAGCCCUGGUAGAAAUUGGGCCGCGCUUUGUCUUAAACCUUAUCAAGAUCUUCCAGGGCAGCUUUGGAGGACCAACCCUGUAUGAAAAUCCUCAUUACCAGUCUCCAAAUAUGCAUCGCCGGGCAAUAAGACUAGCCACAGCUGCUAAAUUCAGAGAGAAGCAACAAUUGAAAGAGCUACAGAAACUGAAGAAGAAGGAAGAGAAGCCGCUGAUUCCUGAAGAUCCAACAGAAAAAGUUUUUGAAACGCCAGCUGAGGAAAAGCCCGAGGAGAUACAACUAGUGAGGCCAGAGCCCAAAAUGAGCUUGAAGAAAAAGAAAAACAAACUACAUCAGCGCGGGAGGAAGCUGAAGAGAAAACUUGGUGGAAUUGGAGUCUAAAACAUUCAAAAAGGGGACUCGAUAAUACAACCAUUUAAACAGCUUUUACUACUUUUUUUGUAACCGGUUUGUGUACAGUAACUUUAUAAACAAUGUCUGCAUCAUU